GUGGCCGGCUGCUGACAGACGGUAGCUCGAGUGGGACAGUCGCCAGUGAUGGCGGAGCGUGAGGAUGGAACGGUUGUCUGGGCUGCUCUCCCGGAUGCUGAACAGAGUCUUGUGGCUCUCGGGCCUUUCUGAGCCGGGAGUUGCCCGGCGGCCCCGGAUCAUGGAAGAGAAAGCGCUAGAGGUUUAUGAUUUGAUUCGAACUAUCCGAGACCCAGAGAAGCCCAAUACUUUAGAAGAACUGGAAGUUGUAAAGGAAAGUUGUGUAGAAGUACAGGAGAUAAAUGAAGAGGACUAUCUGGUUAUUAUCAGGUUCACGCCAACAGUACCUCAUUGCUCUUUGGCAACUCUUAUUGCUCCUGGCCUUCAAGGAAUCCUCUGUCAUAGCACUAACUUGACACAGACUUAA